UGAGGAAGAGAGAGGGAGGGAUGGAGGAGAGUGAGGAAGGAAGGGAGAGAGGGUGGAAAGAGAUGAAAAAAAAGGAGGAAGAGGAAUGGGUGAAAGGAGAGAGAGAGAGAGAGAGAGAGAGAGAGAGAGAGAGAGAGAGAGAGAGAGAGAGAGAGAGAGAGAGAGAGAGAGAGAGAGAGUUUUAUGCACACGAAUGAAUUUAGGUAUGAAGCUAUUUAUGAGGUAAUUAUAAAUAUAUGAAAAUGCAAAGAAAGUGUUUUCUCGUCGAUGUGCAGCAGGUCUGCCGCCGGUAGACCGGCGGUCUGCCGCCGGUAGACCGGCGGUCUGCCGCCGGUAGGCCGGCGGUCUACCGCCGACUGACCUGCUGCAGUCGCCGGUCGGAGAAAUCGAAAAUCGUAUAUGGUCGCCGGUCUACCGCCGGUAAACCGCCGGCUCACCGGCGGUGAGCCGCCGGUCCGGGGAUUAUUGCCUAUUUUGUCGGCGGUCAGGCCCCGAUCGGCUUAUCGGGAGUCAUCGGGGACAGUCGCGACCGGGACCGGGAAUGUGUGAGAGCCCCUUUUCUGAGGUGGUUGGGGGUGGUGGUGGUGGUUGAAUGCCGAGUAUCCUACUCGGGGAAGCGGGGUUACUAACCUCCAGGCUCCGCCCCGCGCCGUUCCAGCCACAGCCAUACCCAUACCGCAACAAGACGCCGCGGAGUGAACAUUAUACCUACGCUAUUCUACCUGUGAUUUGCCUUAGUAAUCCUUUGGAGGCGUUGCCGCUGAAUAUUUACAUACAGUGAUAAUUUGUAAAGGGAAUUCAAAGAAGAGUCCAUAUUUAUUACAGUGCGGUGAUAGUGUUGAAAUACUGUACGUCGUGAUGCCGCCAAAUAUGUUCCGAAUUAAAAACAUAGUGUUCGCUUUAUUAAUAAUUACAUUUAUAAUAUAUGCAAAUAUCAAUGUAAACCAAGUGACAAAGCCUAAAAUUGUUGAAUAUUUUAACGAACUGACGUCAACCAAUUUUGGAAAACGGCGACACGAGCCCAACACCACCACCGAAAAUGUAAUUAGAAUAUGGAGAGAAAACCAGAACACACUUAAUGAGAAUGUGCAGGUUACAUAUGUGUCCGUUAUUUUACCUCAAGAGAUUGUCAGCACCACAGACUCACCACCACCGAUUGUCGCCGAAACAGGCACCUUGGCUAACACAGGAUCAUUAGGGAAAGAAAAUGAGGUGAUAUUUCCUGACAUAACUAACUGUUCCAUGAAAGAAUAUAAACGGAAAUUGGCGAAGCACAAAAAUUCUGCCAGGGCAAAUAUUUAUAUUUGUAGGAAAUGGCAUGAGCCCAACCCAAACGACCCUCUGUGGCCCAUGGUGGUGCCGCCCACCAAUGGCUCCAUACUGAAGACAUUUCCCAUUCACCACCAGGACCCGGAGGUGGAGAGGCAGCUGCUUGAACAGGUCGCAGUACAGGAGGAGCGGCUGGCGCUCCUUGCAACCACAUGUCAGAGUCAUCCUCACCUUGCUGUUCCGAGUAAAGUGAAGCUGGUAUGGGACACUUCAAGGACACCUCCGCUCAUUUAUUGUCCUGUUUACAAGGUAGCAUCGACUACAUGGGCAGCCUACUUCCUACGUUUAGCUCACAUAAGAGCCAGUGAGCCACGGACAAAAAAAAAGAAGGCAGUUCCAGAUGCUCACACCAUAAUGUCAGAGAUAUUCCAUCCUCCAAAAAAGAGUAAAGAGAAGAACACAAUAUUUCCAAAGUCCUUACGUUUCAUCGUGGUGCGACAUCCAUUUAGCAGGCUGCUCUCGGCUUAUAGGGACAAAAUCAACACACUAACCCCAAGGCCAUUCCAACCAUACUUUCUUGACCUACAACAAGCAAUCAUGAAAAAGUACAGAGCACGAAGCAGUAACAUCACUUCGCCAACUCCGACCUUUCCUGAGUUUGUUGAUUAUGUCAUUGACUCCACAGAAAAAUUAGCAACCGCAAAAGAUUGGAUUGAGAAGGUUGUGUGCUGGACACCUUACUGGGUACAGUGUGGUGUAUGCUCUUCUGACUACCAAGUAGUUAUCAAACUAGAGACCAUGGACAUUGAUGUACAGUUCCUAGCUGAAAUUGCUCAUCUGAAAGAAAUUCAGAAUGUACAUGAAUGGAAAAAUCAGAGGAAUAAUUAUACUUCAUCUAGUGCAUUUCCAGAAUACUUUAGGGAACUGACAAAGAACCAAACACUCUUGUUAUAUCAGCGAUAUAAGUUAGACUUCGAAUUAUUUGGAUAUUCUAUUGAAGAUUACCUCAGUUUUGCUAAGAUAUAAACAAGACUAUGUUGUUGUAAAUAUCAAAGGUUAAGAAAAUAAUUAAGUGGGUAGAAGAAAUGCUGUUUACUUGCCAAAAGUACCAUCUCUACUUAGUUACUCAGUCACUACUGUAAGCGCCGCCUGAGCAUUUCAAAUUUGGCAUUUCAUUGUAGUGUAUUCUGCAGUUUUGCAACUCAUAUAUAUGUAACUUGUAUUUGUUAUUUUGAUACAUUUAUAAUUUUACAUGUAGAAUGGUGGCCAGUUUGAUGUUACUUUUGUAAUUUUUGCCAUGUAAGUUUUGAGUGGAUUUCGUGUGUUGUAGUGAUUGCUGCGUAGGGGGGCAGGAAGGAGCCUUGGAGGGUGGCAGAGGUUCAAGACACACUUGUCUAGCACUCCGCAGCUUUAGGCGUCCUCCACCAGAUUGAGAUAGCGACACCGUGCUAUUGUUGUUUGUGCUUAUUGUUGCAAGAUUGGAGAGGACUGGGAGGUGGAUUUGGCUCGCAGGAGGUUGCUCGUUGAGGCAUAGGAAGGGUUAUAAUCUUGAUAAGUUCCCAACAGCAAGCCGUCAAAUUUGCUGAUGUUGAAUAUUUAUAGUUUAAGGAGAUGCCAUUUUAUGGCAUGCAUUAUUGCUACUUUAUUUGUGAGCCAAAGUGCCUAUUUAUUUUGUAUGUCAUUGUGAUUGUGAAAAAUGUUUUACAGAAACAAAUAUACCCAUUUCAGCUGAUUCAGGGAGGAAUAAAGGCCAGUCUGACUA